GCUAGCAGAUGUUAGCAUCCCGGCGCUAACUCUGUUCUUAACGAUAACGAGUUUCUCUGAUUAAAUUCACAAUAAUUAAGUUAAUCGUAGCGUUAUUUGGUGUGUGUGAUAAAAGAUAAUACAAGCUGCCUCUCCAUCGUUAGCUGUUGGCUAUUGUUGCUGCUUUGUUGACGCCUGGCUGCAGAGAAGGAUUCAAAUCCAUCUGACGUUGUUUAAUCAAGACUGAGUCGUAAUGGCAGACCCUGCACGGAUCAAAGUUGAGGACACACCUGAGAGAGCAUCUUCUGAUAAAGAGGAGCACCUGAAAUUAGAGGAAGCUGAAGAUAUACCCGUCACACCGAAACCUGCAGACGAGCCCAAAGAGUCGACCUCUCAAGAUCAGCCCAAACAGGAGAUCAAAUCUGAUGCUGCAGCCGGAGAAGAUGAGGAAGAAGGAACUUCAGGCCAACCUGCUUCCAAAAGACUGAAGGUGGAACCAGAGAAGAAAAAGGAGAAGCGCCAAAAGGUUGAUGAGGAUGAAAUACAAAAGAUGCAGGUUUUAGUGUCCUCCUUCUCUGAAGAGCAGCUGAAUCGAUAUGAAAUGUAUAGACGUUCUGCCUUCCCAAAGGCUGCUAUUAAGAGGCUGAUCCAGUCCAUAACAGGAUCAUCAGUGUCCCAAAAUGUGGUGAUCGCCAUGUCUGGUAUUUCCAAGGUUUUUGCUGGAGAAAUAGUUGAGGAAGCAUUGGAUGUUUGUGAGAAGUGGGGAGAUACACCACCACUUCAGCCCAAGCAUAUGAGGGAAGCAGUGAGGAGGCUGAAAAGCAGAGAUCAGAUUCCCAACACCAAGCACAAGCACAUUCUCUUUCACUGAGGCAUCUGCACUUUGUACAGGAACGACAGAGUGCGAUAGAGUGGUGCCAUCGUGUGGAAAACUUGUUCAUGAAGCCACUGUAACCAUAUUGCAGCCAAGUAGGCACUCAUGAUUCUCUAAGUGACCUGAGAUCAAGGUCAAUGACUGCAGUACUGAAGUAUCACCAAUACAGAAAUGAUCAAGGACUUACAUGGCUGUGACAUAGAAUCCACUCCUGUUACAGUUCAAAGUAGACCACAUUCACAUGUAAUUGUCAGUGUAAAUGUUUGUUGCAACAUACAGUUCAAAUGGUGCAAUUUAUACUCAUGUAUUAUGGUUGUAAAUACAUUAUGUUUUAUACUUGAUGUUUGGUUUUUGAUCAUUUUUUGGGGAAACUGUUUGGGGGUCAUUUCUGUGAUGCUGAUUUGAAUUACAAAAUUGUGCCCUUCUGUUUUUUUAGUUUUUUUUUUUACAGCUGUACACACAAACUCUAAAGUUAACUUCAAUAAUGUUUGAAUCCAAUUACAGAUUAUAAUAUCCAU